AUGGAGAAGGCCUACGACAAGUUUCGCGUUAAGCUUAGCAAUGUUGUGGUAUCGUUGGCUGAGAACGUAGCGGAAGGUCGGGCGUCUUUGACGAAUAAAGAGAGUCCGUUGCAUAUCUUGAAGCCUACUGGGCUUGAUAUUCAGAUUCACAAAUGCUCGAUAGAUGAUCUGAGACUGCCUAGAAUGAGAGUGAUUGGGUUGUUACCUGAUGUUGUUAUUGGAAUUUCUGACAUCCGUUUGCUGGAACUCACUCGUUUGUUACUUUCUAUCCCGCGUCCAGAACCGGAUGUAGAGGCUAUUGCAAUAGAGGAGAAGAUUUUGGAAUCAACAGAAGUAAAAGUGAAGGAUCGCGCAAAGAUGAAGACGAUCAUGGAAGUACAAGAGAUCGAGUCCGAUGAGCAACCGCCUCAAGAAGGAGUUGUUGAAGGUGAGAAGAAGACCACAGAACAGCAGAUACAAGUCGAGUUGGACCUUUGCCUGAAUCAGAUUGGUGUUAUCGUUUCCCGAAAAGAGGAUGUAUUAUGUGAGGUUUCGAUCCUUCGCAUGGGCUGUAAACUUCAAAUGCGCACUUUUGAUAUGGUCAUCAAAGCAGAGCUAGGAGCCAUCCGUGUCUCAAUGCCUAUGUUCAAGUCUAUUGAUCCUAGACGUGAUUGUCUGUAUUUCAUUGAUAAUGAUGAAGAAGAAGGAGCGCUCAUGACGCUCAAAUACGUGCAGGUAUGUUUUUGUUGAUG